UCCUUUCAACCUCGUUCUUUUGUUUCAAGAAAGACGGUGAUCUCAUUUGUUCUCGUGAAAUAUCGUAGAAAGCGGUCUUUCGUUCGCCAUCUAUCCAACAUGUCGGUGUUGAAGCAUCGCAAGAAGACAAGAAAGCUCCGUGGUCAUGUCAGUCACGGCCACGGGCGCAUCGGCAAGCACCGCAAACACCCCGGUGGCCGUGGCAACGCUGGUGGGCAGCACCACCACAGGAUCAACUUUGACAAAUACCAUCCAGGUUAUUUUGGAAAGGUUGGAAUGAGGCACUUCCAUCUGACACGCAACAAGUACUUCAAGCCAGCCAUCAACGUGGACAAGAUUUGGUCGCUGGUCAGCGAACAGACCCGAACGCACUACGCCAAGAACACAGAAAAGGCACCCAUCAUCGAUGUCGUUCAAGCGGGCUACUACAAAGUCUUGGGUAAGGGUCUUCUGCCCAAGCAGCCCGUCAUCGUCAAAGCCAAGUUCUUCAGCCGCGUUGCCGAGGUCAAGAUCAAGAAAGCAGGGGGCUGCUGCGUGCUUGUCGCUUGAAGAGGUCAGGGGCCGUGGUCAUCACAUAGAGCUGCUGAGGGGACAUCCAUCAUAACAUGGAAUGAAGUGAUCAGGCUUUACCCAACGGGGCCCGCUACUUCAUCAAAACUUGCAAAUUUGUUUGUGUGUUUUUUUUUUAUUGUGAGCUGCAGACCAGCCGUCUAUUUUCUGUUCCUGUUGAUAUCCCUAUAUGGGACGCUAAUGGGCAAGACAGGCCAAGGAUUUGAUGAUACGUUGCUGGUUUGAUGUUCUCUCAGUUUCCACAACAUUGGAUUUCUCAGAGCUGUGUUAAGUUGGAUAAUAAAAGGAAUUAUGUGAACACA